UGAAUAAUGUAGUAUUGCUCUGAAGUAUCAGCUGCUGUGAGUCUGACUAGUCACAUGAUAAUAGUGAGUUGCACAUAGUCCCUUCUUGUUUGGUUUUGUUCCUUCUCUACAGACUCUUGUGUGGUUGCCUAGUAACCCUGUUAGGGCCAGACGGCUCGCUCUGUAAACUCUUUGUCCCUCUGGUAUUUUGUUCUCCUCACGGUUUUCCCUUCAGCUUUAGCAGAACGUUCCUGUCACAGCCAACGGGUCUCUUUUAACCCCUGACUGGAGAGAGUCGCCCCUGCUGCCGCUGCCCAUCACUCAUUCUCUGAGGAUGUCUGCUUCAAACGAUGGGAUUCUAACGAGAGACCAGCUAUCGGCUGCUGCCCUUGGGAAUGACGACUGGCUGGACGUCAGCUUAAAAGCCGCAAAUUCAGCAGUGAUAGCCGAUCGACAUGGGUUUACAGCUCUGCAUUUGGCAGCUCUUCAUGGUAGGCUACCUUGUAUAAAACUAUUAAUUGAAAGAUACAAGCUGAGCCUUGACUUAGCCAGUCAUUAUGGGUGGACGCCUUUGCAUUUGGCCUUGGAUUCGAAGACUGGACCUCGGGCACCGGAGUGUGUGCGGUAUUUAUUGGAGCGUGGAGCCAAGGUCAAUGUGCAAAGCAAAAGUGGGGUGACGCCAUUACACCAAGCAGCCAAGGAAGGACGGCAGGAUUGUAUCACAUUACUGCUAGAAGCUGGAGCAGAUGUUCACGCUAAGGAUGCUCAAGACCAAACACCUUUUGACUUGUGCAAAAUCUGGUCCCAUAAGGCUUGUGCUAGGUUCCUCCGUUACAAAAUGUGGGAGAAAGACAAGGAUGACCUUUCUCAAGAGAUGAAGAAAAUGGAAAAACUCAAGAAAGAUAUUAUUGCCUCUGAGAAAGAAACCCUCUCCAGAAUAAAGGAAGACCAGGAAAUAAUUCAGCAUCUGCAUUUUUGUGAAUGGCUUGAUAAGAAGGGCUUGCCAGAGAGGUUAAAAGAAUCAGCUCGUAGUCAGACUGAAAUCUCCUCAAAACAGAGCCAAUGUAGGAAGGGCACCACUAAACAGUCUAAAAAACCACUGUCUUUGAAAACUCCAAAAAUACAGUCCAAAAGAGGUGACCUGCCCCUGACAUGUCCCCAUAAAGGGAAAGCUCAGUCCUGUACAUGCCACUCAUGUACAGAAGAAAACCAUUCUCAUGGGAAGAUGGGAUUGAGAAGAUGGAAUCCAAGUGUCAACCCUUCUAGGCCACCAGUGGCAGAGAUCUCAAGGGAUAUCCAAGAUGUGCCAAGCAUCCAUCCUGGAAUGAAUGAAGAUUUAGGGUCCUAUGUGCUGCUUAGUAAAAAUGAACAUGGACGUCCAAGGAUUAAUACAAUCAGUGGGAAGGCAGUUUCUCCUGUCCCUAAUUUGCCAUAUGAGAUUAUAGAAAAAAGCUUCUUCCCUGAUUCUGUUCCACACAAGAGGCUUCUCUCCCCAAAGGACUUCAUCUCUAACCAUAUUUUAGAUGUUCCCAGGAAGCAGCCGCCUUCCAAAGCUCAGCGUCCAGUAUCAGAAAUGUCUUACCAUUUGCAACAAAGGGUUGAUACAAAUUACUUAAAGAUAACCAACAAUUUCCUGCCUUUUCAGCAAGGUCCUUAACUUUACACCAUGCCUUAUAAAACCUCCCAUGGGCCUAA